CAAGAUCUCAUUCUGGUAGACUCGCUGUCAGCCAUCACGUGCAGCGACCUGGUUUCUACUCCUAGACAUGUUAGGAAGGUGCAGACUGAAGGGGUGAUGCACCUGCCAUGUCUUGCAUCUCAUGCACCACAUGCACGGCAUCCCAUCAUCGCAGCUUCCAUCAUUGUCGCCCGUCCCCUCCUGCCUGCGUUCACUCGGUCGGCAAUCCUCUACGACAUCCCUCUCAGACAUCUCUAUACUCAUACUCACCCAUUCAAUUCUCUCCCUCGAGCUUCCACAUGGCAAAGUGAGCAGGAUUCUGAGACACUUCUCCAUUGAGGCCCUUGCAGCGGGAGUGGCGUGUCUUGCUCGAGAUAUGGACGAUUCCACAUCCAACCAUCAUCUCCUCCGCUUCUCUCCCCUGCAGUUGUGCCUGCAGCCACCCCACUACUUAGAUCACCUUGACCCUCCUCCGCAACCUGCCAACAUCGCCCUGACGGUAGACUGGUGAUUGCCAUGCUUCGGGGAGACCUCCCUUAUCCACACCAACCUCAGACGAUCAUGCUCGACAUGCUAACGAUACGAUUUUCGAGGCAAUCAAUGGCGAUCUAGUCGCAGCUGACAUCGCGUUCGAUUCGGUUCAGGGAGUGUUCCCGAAUGCAAUUCCGGAGAGGGAAUUGAUCCCAAACACCAUCUUUGUUGUUGGCCGAUCUAAAUCUGCUUCUCGAUAUGGAACGGAGGAGAGCUUUGGGUUCUCAGGCAUCGAGUUUGUUGACCCACUUGAAGAGGUCUAGUUCAAGCGCAAGCAUUUUGGUCGUGUAGGCAAAGAGUCAUGGGAAUGAUCUUCCAGGUAGUCCUGCGUAGAGGAUUGUGCACAUCUAGGCAGUUAUUAGGCAUCAGAGUGUGGUAAGAACGAC